AAUACCUUUAAACCAAAUAUAGCCCUUGCUUAAUUUUUUUUAACGUUAUCCAUUGUAAUCAAGCCUCCCCAGCAAAAAAUGGACAACAGUGUCUAUCUAUUAUUUUGAUUGUGCUUAUCAAAGAACAACAAGCGUUUAUCUCCAGUUAGGUUUUUCAUGUAUUUCUUCGAACUGUUUGAUAAGUAAGGAUCACACCAAGUUACAGCCUGUAAACACAACCAGAUUACUGCAACUUCAUUAGCCUCUCAAAUCUUAUUUAACACCAACAAAGGUAGCAAUCAGAAUGAUUAAAGAAAAGCAAUGGAGUGUUAGUAAUAUGAGACUUAAGUACUAAUGCUCCACUUCAAGUUCACUCAUUUCCAAGGCUUGUAAAUUUCUCUUUGCCACAGUAUCUCUCUUUUUCUCUGACAAGAAGUUCACUCAUUUCCAAGUCUUGUAAAUUUCCUUUUCACUUUAUAGGGAUCUGAGGUCUCUUUUAUCUCCUCAAAAAACUCAAAAACAGACAUUUCUUUUACGCACAUUCAUUCGCUGAAGUUGCAUUUUUUAGUAAGGAUAAAGAGUAGAAUCGUUGUCGAGUUUUGUAGUUGGACUACCUGAUCUCCAAAUUAAAGAGGGAACUGCAGAGAUGGCUUAUAAGUCAGAGUAUUAUGGGUUUAGUAAUGGUGCUUUACGGGUGGUUUUGGCGCUGGUGGCUAUGUUCUUUGUUGUCUACAUUGUUGGACCUGGAUUGUUUUCGAAGGGGAGUUCAAAUGAUGCGCAAGCUUCAUGCUUUUGUGAUUGCAAUUGCUCUGAAGUGGAUUUAUUAUGGACAUUAGAAUUUAUCAACAACUCAUAUCCAGAAUGUGGCAAACACGAUCCAGAAAUAAGUGAAGAAAUGAAUAAGGGUGUAGCUGAUUUAAUAUCAGAGGAGAUUGAUUUACAGAAAAGAGUAGCUAAUGAAACGUUGGAGCAGACAAGGAAUUUGGUAGCAACUGCUAGGAGAAUUUCUUUACAAUAUCAAACCGAAGCACAAAAAUGCAGUGCGCACACAGAAACUUGCGAAGCAGGAAGGGAGAGAGCCGAAGCUGGACUGGUAGAGGAGCGUAAACUUACAGCAUUGUGGGAGCAACGAGCUCUAGAAGUGGGGUGGGGAGAAAAUAUAACUUAUGCAGACAAUAACACUAUUCAUAGCCUAAAAAAGACAAAUCCGAUCGGAGAUGUGCGCCAUUAAGAUCAGCAAAGAAAAGAAUUUUGACACAUAAGACUCAAAUAUACCCCCUGCCAUCAAAUCAAAAAAUUAAAAAAAAAAGAAAAUCAUUAGGUUUUAGAAUGUGGAGUUGCUUGUUUAACCCUUUUUUACAGGGGUCUCUUGUGUAUAUAAAUAUUCUUUUUGCACUUUUUAGCUACUCUUUUCAAUAUGAAGGAGUCAUUAUUAGGAUGCCUUGUAUGCAAAAGAAAUUAGAACACUGGAAUGAUUAUACAUAAAUGAUUCUUCAUUUCACCACUUUGAUGCAAGCAUUUCUUUGUAAUUUUAUGUACUGCAAAACAAAAUGAUUUUUCUUUGAGCUGUUGCAAGGGAAUGAGGGACGUCCAGCAAGGAGAUAGAUUGGUUUCGUUUUGAAGCUUUGACAUAAUCCCUUCAUAGACCCCAAUUGUAUGCAUCCCAUGAAAAUACCUUCUUCCAAUUUUUAUAUCUUUCAGAGAAAUUUCUACAGCUAUAUCUUCCUGCAGCCCAUUUUAUCGCCACAUAUUGUAAAUCAUUGCUUGCAGUAUCGACCUGCCGUACUUCAGUUUAUCCUGCUAAAAAAUAAAAACAAUGCUACUUUUCUUUGCGAGAGGAGCAGUGAGGCAAAAUCAUUAGAAUAUGACGAUUCAGACACCACAACAUUGCCCCUAGAGUUCAAUACAAUUGCUCCAACCAGCUGAAUUAAAUUACAAAUCUCACUUGAAUUUCACUUAUCACAGUUGCUGUAUUAUUAAAUUUUGAGUAGCCGUGUAUAGUUCCAAAUUGCUUUGUUUGCUGAUACAGUUACAAAUGUUUUGUUACAAAAAUGCCAGGAAGGAAAACCACCCAUCAGAAAGUGGGAACAGGGUAAGAAAGGGAACUCCUGCCUCUCAAUGUUUCUUUCUG